CGUAGUUGACUUCUUUUCUCCUCGAGGACCUGCUUAAACCAGUCAGGGUGGAACCCGGGGGGGGGGGGUGUGGAGAGGCUGUAUGAUUGACCGGUAAGUUAAAAGCGCUCGGUUUUUAUUUACUCCGUGAGCGGUUGUCCCCGAGGCAACGCCAUAACGCGGGCUGGGGCGUGGAAACUGCACAAAUCCUGUAAGCGUUCCUAUUUUUUAUGAGCUCUGGCGUACAUCAUUUCCAGAGGACUGUGUGUAGUUUCUGCCUCCACCAGCUCAGCUUGAUUCGUAGCUAAAUUUUUUGAUUAUAAGGCUUCCUGUAGCCUCAAAAGGCUUGAUCUGAAUUCCAUUUCGGGGCUCGGUGAUCUGAGGUUUAAGUAUGACCAGCCCAGGAUGUCACAUAACCCAGAAAUGAUCAUCCAGUUCCUCUGUCUACCUACUACAACUCUCAGUUGGUUGUCACUCGAGCGACUUUUUCCUCCUCAAGCACCUCGAGCAUGACUCAGCCUGUGAACGUUCCCAGUUUAAACCGACAUUGGCGUUUAUCCCUACUAUUUCAACGAAUUUGGACUUGUUGACGCGUAGUUUUCUCCUGAAUCACCAAUUCCAGUUGUUCCGCAAACCAGCUUAGACUCAUCCCAGACCUGAUGAUAUCAUUACUAUCGAAAACAGCCGGGUCACAUCUACGAGCGCCACUUUUUACAAGAUGUGAAUGCAUCCGAUGGCAGUCAGCACAGCCUGACGCCUACCUAUGUAAGCCGAUUGUAAGAUCUCGUUUCACCCCAGAGCAGCUGAUCCGAGUUCAUACCUCUGGUCUUCCUGACCUGCAAUUGGUGCAUGGCCGACUGACUAGUUCGCGUAAGUCAGAAACUGCCUCGUCGCUGCAUUUCGCUCGACCCUUGGCCAUUCUUCAUCAGUCCACAGCUUUCAAGAGCCGUGGUCAGGACCCCAUUGAAGAACGGAGUGAGUACGUCGCCUUCGCCAAAUAUGCCAGAUGGUUAUUGGCAACUUCCGACGCGAUGCCAGUAUGCUGUCUGCCACCGAAUUCGAGUCUACACGGAUGUUAGCUAUAAAGUCCACUCCUUAUUAACCCUGUUUCCAUCGCGACAGUUCCCUUCGGAAAUGACCCCCCCCCCCUCAGCUCACAAUGUGUUCUUCUCGGGCGCGAAGUGCCCUUGCCUUACGAUCUAAGACCUCACCUGUGUCUUCCGCCCCUAGAGUUUGGUCUAUCUUGGUUCUUAUCGGUCCUUUAGAGCUGCUGAUCAACGAACGUCGGCGUUCCCUGAACCGAGCAGCCAAGGCGAUGCGAUCGGAUUCGUCUUCAACGACAUGCUCUAAGGUGACCGGGGGUUCGUCUGCGGUGACAACUUCUGCGUCUACUGGUGGUUUCUCUGUUGUUCUGCCCCCGCACUUACGGCCCUCAAUUCUUCGUGCUCUCUACACGGUGGGACUCAUCUGCAAGCACUUCUCCCUUGAGGACCUUGCAACAACCGCUUUUAAUCUUACCAACGACCCCUCCGCUCCCAUCCGCUCUUCUGUGAAUUUGGGUGUCCUGACACAACAGGUGAGUCUCACUGUUGUAAUUCUCACCUUUAGUGUCUUUGUUGUUCAUUGUCUACGCAUGUGUGUCCUGAGUGUGUACAGUGAGUGACUGAUCUCAUGAAAUGUUGGCUGAAAUGCUGAAAUGCGUUUUCGAUUAGGAAGGAUUACUUGGUCGCGGUUAUAAUACUGAUUAUAUUCAGGCAUACUCUUAUAACAUUUCGGACUCGGCAGGAUGUCGGCUUUUAAAUUCACUUCUUUCCAAUCUCCUAUAAACAUCGUGAUUGGUAAACAAUGACUACUUAAGUAGCAUGCAUUUUCCCAUUGAUUUUCGAUGGUCUUGGAAAUUCAAAUAUAUUUUAUAGAAACCAUAAACAAAAAUUGCUUUCUUUUAGUCAAUCAAUAGAGAAUCACGUCUUCUUUAUAUUUUAUACUUAAGGAAGGAGUAUAAUUAGGUUUUAAAAAAGUUUCUAAUCAUGACACUUUUUAAGACCGCAAAAUGUCCGCUUACAUAGCAUCGUACCUGACCGUUUACCACUGCUCCUCAUGAAAUGUACAACAUAGUCCGCAUCCAUUGCAAAAUUUUAUGGAUUCUGCAUGAUAUCUCUUUAAUGGCAUAAAAAUAUGUGAUUUUCUUUACGCGGAACGCAUGCACCUUGUAGAGUGAAAUCAGUAAGCGCUAAUGCAACGAAUGCUCAGAUUCCAAGUUAUUCGGCAAUUAGAAAACUUUUUAAAAACCUAAUUAUACUCCUUUCUUAAGUAUAAAAUAUAACGAAGACGUGAUUCUCUAUUGAUUGACUAAAAGAAAGCAAUUUUUGUUUAUGGUUUCUAUAAAAUAUAUUUGAAUUUCCAAGACCAUCGAAAAUCAAUGGGAAAAAUGCAUGCUACUUAAGUAGUCAUUUUUUACCAGUCACGAUGUUUAUAGGAGAUUAAAAAGAAGUGCAUUUAAAAACCGACAUCCUGCCGAGUCCGAAAUGUUAUAAGAGUAUGCCUUAAGAUAAUCAGUAUUACAAGCGCGACCAGUUAAUCCUUCCUAAUCGAAAACGCAUUUCAGCAUUUCAGCCAACAUUUCAUGAGAUCGGUCACUCACUGUAAUUGUGGCACGUUAGACGGAGGCUUUCCGUCACAUCCAGUCAGCUCGACGCGAGUUCCAGUGGUCCGCGGUUCGAUCUUUAUGUCGCAGCAAGCGUUUUCUGGUUGUGUGACUCCCCUGUUGUCCUUCUGAGUAGAACUUCCUGUCAGGUAGGGUCAAGCACCUGGUGCGCCUGGGAAUCCUAUUUAUAUAUAAUUGUCGAACAGAAAAUUCUGUCCAGCUCGAGCAGUUAAUCUGAGAUCUCCAGUUUGCAAUUUGUCAGUGCUCGUAACUCACAAAAAUUAAGGAAACUUUGAUUCCAUUGCCUGUCAAUUUUAUAUGCUUUUUACCAGCAAGGCCGACCAACCGACAGGCGAACCCUUUAGGUAUUGGCAAAUAAGUUCCAAUGAUGGUUUCAACUCUGGUCCAUAGGUUAUCGCGUUUUCGUCCCCUCCCCCCACUGUUGUCUGUGUGCUGCUGUAAAUCUCCAUUUCUCCAGACGAAGCGCCCGUUGUUACCAGGUCGAGUCACCUGAUGGCUCGACCUGGUAGAGUCUGCCUCAGUGACAGUGACACCGCGUUUCUGACGAUGGCUUCGAGCGAGAAUCCGAAACGUCAGGAGAAUAAAGCUCUUGUUCCAGCGAUUGCAUCUACUUCUUAUCAGACAGCAAUCUCUGAAAGAUGGGUUCUAGCGACAAUCCGAAACGUCCGGCGAAUCAAGCUAUUGUUCCAGCGAUCGUAUCUCCUUCUUAUCGACUAGAUGGCUUCCGGUCCUUUUUACUACUACUACUACUACUACUACUACUACUACUACUACUACUACUACUACUACUACUACUACUACUACUAUUAUUACUACUACUACUACUACUACUACCACCACCACCACUACUGCUACUACUAA